UUUCUUCUCAUUACACUCUUAACCUUUCUAAUUUCUCAUUCCCCCACCUAUUUUCCAAGCGCAUCUAAUUUCUAGGGUUCCGACAUGGACGCCGGUGGAAAGAUUAAGAAGGGCGCCGGAGGAAGAAAGGGCGGUGGCCCAAAGAAGAAGCCGGUGGCAAAGUCCGUCAGGGCCGGUCUCCAAUUCCCCGUUGGAAGAAUUGGGCGUUACUUGAAGAAAGGAAGGUACUCGCAGCGUGUUGGAGCCGGUGCACCAGUAUAUUUGGCUGCUGUACUUGAAUACCUAGCUGCUGAGGUGCUUGAAUUGGCUGGUAAUGCUGCUCGUGACAACAAGAAGAACAGGAUUAUUCCUAGACAUGUGCUUCUGGCUGUGAGGAACGAUGAAGAAUUGGGGAAAUUGCUUGCUGGAGUCACAAUUGCUCACGGUGGUGUGCUGCCCAACAUUAACCCUGUUUUGUUGCCUAAGAAGAAUGAGAAGGCUUCCAAGGAACCCAAAUCUCCAUCCAAGGCCACCAAGAGCCCCAAGAAGGCUUAGACUAUAUUUUAAGGAGUUAUGUAUAUUAGUGUUUAGGGUUCUUUUGUUGUAAAAGGAAUAUUUUAUGUUUGAAACGCUGUUAGUUUCGUCUAAUUGCGUGUGAAGGAGUUUAUGAUUUAAU